AUAUCAUUAAGUCAGUAUCCAAUACAAAGUCAAAGUUAGAAGUUAUGAAUAACAUAAAUAAACGGUUAAAUAUUAAAAUUCAAAUUAACAUUAUUUGACAAUUGGAAUUAAAAACAUUAAAAAAAAUAAAAACAAUUAAGGACUAUUUUACGUGUGUGAACGUCUGAAAUAAAAAACUAAAAGAUAAAAAAAUAUUUUGUUUUUAAUAUUGAGGGAAAAAAAUUCAAAAACAAAGCCGAAAGAGCCAAAUGCAUGCAUAUGUAUGUCUAGACAUGAUAAACUAAAGCUGACAACAGAACAAAAUUGAAAUAAAUACAAAAUAAACUUAAUAAUAAUGAUGUUUAUAAUAAUAAUUAUGAUGAUAAUGACGUUGGAAACUACUUGUAUAUCAUACGCAUCAAACGCCACACUGAACAGUACAAUCCACUAAAUUGUGCUUAACUUGCCAAACAAACAAACAAACGAAUGAACAAAAAACAAAGCGGAACCAAAAUUUACACAUAAAAAAAUCAACAGCAAACCAACAACAACUAAACUAAAUCUAUUUAAAAUCACUGAUAAAUAUAAAAUCAAAAAAAAACUCGCAACAAUAAUAAAAUUUAAAUUGUUGCUACAUACUCUAAAUAUCACUGGUCUAAAGAGUAGGAAAAAUUCAAAAGAGUAACAUAAUUAAGUUUAAACCACAAGAGAAAGAGGCAUUGAGAGGGAGAAUUUUUAAAUGUGUAAUUUUUACAUUGAAUUAUAUCAUCUUAAUCGAAUUUAAUGGCUUUAUAAAAAAAAUCAGUUUUUUAUUGUCUGGUUGUUUGUUCAUCGACAUCUUCUUGUUCUGUCGCCGCUUUUAUUUUUUUAUUGUUGUUUCCACUUAGAACGAUCGUGGGAAUUUGUUGCAAAAAGAGACGACUGUUCAUUUGGUAUGUUAUUAUUGAGGUUGUUUAAGGCCUCAACGCUCUCUUUUAGCUCAUGAACAGAAUUAUAAUUAAAAAAAACCGCAAAAUCAUAAAAGAAACAAACAAGCAAACAACCGAACAAAAUCGUUCGUAAACCAAAACAAAAUCUCAGUCCGCAAUACCACAACUAAAGGCCGUUAAAUAGGAGAGCUUUUCUGAAAACAUAUCCACAUCAUCUCACACAUACACACACUCAUAACGCACAUUCACAGAUACUCGUUAAAAUAGUUGUUGUUAUUCGCGUGCUUUGUAAAUUGGCUUUAUAUACGAGUCGUGUACUCAAAAAGCCAUUUGCAAAUGCUCAACGAUCAGUUGUGCUUGAAACGCUUAAGAGUAUAGAACGUAUUUUCAGAAAAAUUCAAACGAAUUGGCGCGUUGUAAAUGCUUUUAAAACCAAAAAUUAUUAACACCUUCUUCAUACAAUAACAAAAUAUGGAAAACAAAUUUAAAAACAAAGUGCAACAUCUGAAAUCAUAAAUAAGAAAAAUACAUAUAAACUUUAGUUAUUUAAUUUUUCUUAAAUUGAUUUACAAAAAUUAUUCAAUAUUACUAAAAUAAAAAGAAAGAAAAAAAUGUAUAUUUUGUAUUUUAAAAACAAAAAUAUCAUAAAAUAUUGAAAUUUAUCUGAAAAAAACCAAAUCAAGUUGAAAAACCAGAAUACGCGUUCCGUAUUUAAAAACAAAAAAUCCGAAAAGAAACAGAAAAAAAGAAUUAAGCGUUUAAAUGAGAUUCAUGACGAUGAUAUAAAACAAAUGUGUUAAAAAAAAUAAAUAUUUUGUUAACAAAUAUAAAUAAAUAAUUGAACAGAAAAGUGUUUAAUUAAAGUUUUUUCAAAAUAAAAAUAAAAACAAAACCAAACAAGUGAAAACAGUAAUAAAGACAUACUGUGUCCAAUUUUCUAACAAAGAAUUUCAUAAAUACACACAACCAUAAUACAAAAAAAAAGCAAAAAACAGAAAAAGAUCUGUAAAAGAAACUUUACAACUCAAGUAUAAAUAGAGAAAAUUCAAACCAAAACAAACUGUGAAAAAAAUAUAAUAAAAACAAACUUCCAUCCAACUACCCAACAAACCAAAAAAGUCUAAAGUAUAAACAUUCUAAAGAAACUGCAAAGUGAAGUUGAAAUUGUGCUAAAAACAAGUCGAAACACUAUAAACAAAACUAUAAACCAGCUUAACAUAAAUGUAUUAAUAGAAUUAAAAAAAAUAAUAAAAAUUGAUUUUUUUAUUGUGUUUUUAAAUGAGUCUUAAAGUGAACACGCGCUGUCGAUUUUCAACUCACCACAAGUAUUAUGCUUAAUAAUGGCAAUAGACUUUUUGAUAUUUGCCGUGCUUUUGCUAUCGUUUAUAAUAAAUUUCUUGGCUUUGGCUGCUUUUUGGGUGACACCCGGUCUGCGAACCACAGCAAAUCGUUUUACUAUUAAUCUGCUCAUCAUUAAUUUGGUUGGUUGUCUUAUUUUAGCUCCCACUUUGUUUCUAAGUGGUGGCAUUGUUGGCGAUGGCGACAGCGAAAGCGGUACUAACGACAGCAGUCUUACAACCGGUUCCAGCCAGUCUGGUUUGAGUUUUUUAACAACCAACACAAACGAUGACAGCAUUGAGUUUUAUUCAAAGGCUGGCAAUCACCAAAUGACAAUUCGCCACAAUGGCAAAUUGGUGGAGCAAGAGGGUAUCAUUCUGCGACGUAAUGUAUCCCACGAUGGUGAGAAUGGUCCACGUACCAUUGAGACCAUUUACAAGUGUAAUACCACCUACUGUCGCGAAUUGACCAUCGAUGAGAAUAGUGAAACUUUGGUCAUCACAGAAAUUGAGGAGGAAGGCAAAAUUCAGCUGCCAAUUGGCAUGCAACAGGAGGACACAGAUGAAGUUAAACGUCUAGCAUUACCCUUGCUUACAAUGAGAUCCUGGGCCAUAGAUAUGGCUGCUGCAUUGGGAGCCAUGGGUGUGCUCUUGGUAGUGGGUGAUACCUGGUGUGCCGUAACAGACCCCUUGCGUUAUCACAGUCGCAUAUCAGGAGUUAAGUCUUGGGUGCUAAUAGCCAUUACCUGGGCUAUGGGCAUAUUGUUUGGUGCUUUGUCGGCCUUCCGGGAAAUUGAUUUCGAAUCGGAGACCAUCAUCAGCAAACAGAAACGUUUUGCCGACACCUCCACCACCUUCUUCACACUCAACUCGGUGAACAACAUCUUUAGCAUGGUGUUUUCCUGUCUGUAUUUCCUGCUCAUCAUCCUGCUGCCAUUUGGCUUUGUGUGCGGCAUGUAUUGGCGUAUUUUUAGUGAGGCUCGUGAAAAUGGUCUGAGAAUGCGUCAAAACGGUUCAUCCCCUUUGCUACAAAGUGCUUUGAAUCUAACGCAUGGUCCACCAGCGGCCAAUCAACAGUAUUCGAAUAGUUUAUGUGUACAUAGGAAUUCGAUUUCUUCGACCUCCUCCCAGUGUGGAGGUUUACAAAUGCAAAUCGAUAAUAAUCAAAAACGAGGCUCACCCGCCUGUCUGAGACGGGACUCGGCGGCAAAAGUACUUUUGCCGCCCAUUUCGGAUGACGGUAUGUCCGAUGAGGCUGAUAAUUGCAGUACAAAUGAUCAGCUCAUUGUGAUACCGGUAGCCGAAACUGCUAAUACUCAACAGCAGCAACAACAAAACAUUAUACUCACCCUGCAAACAGCCAGUGGUGAGAUAAAACGCAACUAUUCCACCCGCCAACUAGAACUAUUGGCUACAUCCUCGCAGGAUCUGUGUGAUAAUACUAGACUGCAGGGUAUACGUCAAGUCCACUCUUCGCCAAAUCUUCAACGAAGUGUUACUCUGCCACAACCCUUAAAUGAGAACACUUGCUCACCCCAUCUCUUAGGAGGACAUCUGCCACAAAAUCUACCCAGUAUUCAUUUGAAUAGACAUUCAUUUCAACAAAAUCCUAAUAACACCAGAACCACCCAUCAAAAUCAUCAACAUCUGCAUCAUCAUCAGUCGCUGCAAAUACCCACCAUUCAUGCCUCACCCAAGGCCUUGAGCUACAUGUCUUCUUUGCGUCAUCGACUAUCGAAUGCAUCGUCUCUCUUUAAAUAUAGGGAUGAGUCCAGAGCGGCUCGUAUCAGCAUUUUGGUGGUAAUAAUGUUCCUGGUUUCCUACUUGCCUUUUGGCUUUUUAGUAUUACUGCAGAGUCGUGUACCGGCAGCCAAUUUCGAGGAAUCCAGUCAGUUAGCCAUUUUCAUGAUACUGUUGGCUAAUCUUAGUUCUCCCUUCAUCUUUGCUUAUCGCAACAAAAGAGUAAGGAGAGGAGUGAAAAGACUGGUGGGCUUAGAUGCUCUCUGUCGAGACUCGCAACUACAAAGACAAAACAGUUCCAGCUGUCGCAUGAGUGGUUCCAAAUAUGGCAACUCGAAUCUCAAAAGAAACAGCAGUCGAGUUUCUACUUACUCUACCACAUCGGCCAAAUACCUAACACCGCAAAGUUCGGUGGUCAGCAAUGGUACCAAUUCAGUGCCCGCCUGCUUUAUGAACAACAACAACAAUAACACUUGCCCGCAAAUGCCUCUGAGGCCGAACAGCAGUUGCAGUACCAUCAUCAACUUCAGCCUCAACAAGCAGCAGCAAACUUUAGUGGAGGCCGACGAACUGAAAUGCAACCAACCUACAAAUAAAAAGCCACGUCCGGUGUUGCAAAGAGGCAUUACGAUAAUUGAACAAGUGCCGCUAAAUGGCAAUGGUGGCAGUAUCUGUGGCGGUGGCAGCAUUGGCUGUCACAACAGCAGCAGCAUUAACAACAACACUCCAAAGUUACCAGUAAAACAUAAAUUGUAUAAAUUAUUAUUUAAAAGUUCCAAGAAUCUUAGUUGUGCAGCAGCACAGUCAUGUGCUCAGGGCACUUUAGAUGCUGAACCAACGGAAGUUUAAAUUUAAGUUCUUUUUAUUUUUUUUUUUUACUUUUUCUUAAGUAAUAGUAAGUUUCAUAAAGUAAGUUCUCUCAAAUAUUUAUACUUAGUAUAUGUAUAUAUAUGUUUUUUAAAACUAUUUUUUAGGUAUUAAAAGGUCAGUUUUUAACUUAAAACCAAACUAAAUCAAACAAAGAAACAAAAACUAGAAAAAUGAAACAAUUUGUAAGAAAUGUUAAAGUACAAGACAGUUUUAAAAACUACAAACAGAGAGAAAAGAAACGAUGAUAAGCGCAGGAAAGUCAAGGUUUUCAUUUUAUUUUUCUAAAUGAAUCAAUCAAACAAAAAAAAAAAGAAAGAAAUAAUUAAAAUAAAAUAUUGAAAUAAUUGAAUUAAAAGUGAUAGGAAUCUCAAAUGAUUUGAAAUAGAAAAAAAUAUAUAUUUUAUAAUGACAUGAUUAAUUUCAAAAGUCCUCUUAGUAGACUAGAGAGUUUUCAAAAUGAUAAGAUUGAACAAGUCAGUCAGUCAGAUAAUUUGUUUAUUUUAAUUAUUGAUUAUUAUUUAGAUUUGUAUGUACAUUUAUGUAUAACAUUUUUAUUGUUUAUAAUUUUGUGCAAAUAAUUGAAAUAGUAUUUGAGGUUAAAUUAAUCCAAUAGUUAUAUAAUUAAGAAAUGAGAACAAAGACAUUUUUUUUUAAAUUUCAUAAAAAUAUUAAACUGAACAAAAUUAAUCAGCUCUAUUCUAAAAUAAUUAUUUGAAUUAGUUGUACUGUUGUGGUUUAAAAAAAAUCUCAUCAUUCCAAUUAGAUGUUGAACUUUUGUUUUGUUUAUUAAAAGUUAAUAUGCCUAAUUAUAAAUUCUUUAUUUAUUUUAACUCCAGUAUGCUUUUUUAACACUCAGUUAUUUGGCUGGUAGUGUUUAAACUUAUUUACUUAACAAAUUGUUUGUUAUUGGAUUUUAGGUAUUUUUUAAACCAUGACAUAGUUACAUAUUUAUAUUAGAAUUCUAUUUAAAAUCAAUAUUAAGCUAAUUGGGGUUUUCUAGAAUAGAGCUGAUUGAUAUUUAAAUAAAUGGAAAUUUGUGUAUAAAAUACAUAUUUUCAACUUAAAAAUCUAAACCAAAUAAAUAAUAACAAAAAAACAUAAAUUUUUUAAAGAUUUAUAGUCAUCAUAUAAAUAUUUUGUGUAUUUUUUUCUCAAUUUACAACUCAAGUACCUAAAAAGAUGAAAAUAAUUCAAGGGAUUUUUUCAGCUUGAAACAAAAAACAUUUUAAACAAAAUAAAUGAAUAAAUUUAUUAUUGAAAAUAUAAACAAAAGAUGAAUAAUAACGAAAAAAUUAAUAACAAAAAAACAUAUGUUAAGCACUUGUUGUAAUACAUAAUAAUAUUGAAUACACACACUCUUACACAAACACUUAUACAACAUAUGAACUAUUUGGUGUAAUUGAGGGGCAAAAGUGGUUAACUUUAUUUUAAAUGAUUUGAUUUAUAAGAAUUUUUUUUUUAUUUUAUAACUUGUUAAAGAUUUAAAGAAAGCUAGAAAUUGUUUGUAUUAAAGUUUUUAUGAAAAUUUUGUAGUUAAACCAUUUGGCUGUUCAAACAUAUUAAUUUCUUCAAUAUAAAUGUGUGCCAGCAGACCACUAGUAAUUUUUUUUUAAAUGAAAUUUUUUGUUACACAAAUUUACACAAAAUAUACUUACACUUAUGUACAUAUAUUUAUCAUGUUAAAAGUUUUUUUUUUUUUUGUUAUUAAAUUUGAUUUUUUUUUAAUUAAACAUGUACAAGUUAUUAACAGUGUCAGGUAAAACUAAAGGCCAAUUUGUUGUAAACUUAACAAGAAAACAAAUUAAAUACCUUUUAAAAUAAAUUUUUAUAGUUUAGAUUUUUCUUAACACUUAAGAUUUUUUAUAGAAUUUUGGGGCUGUUCAAGAACUUGAAGGCAUUUUUUAUGGCAAUUUUGUAAAUAUUUAGUUUAAUAUAUAUAUUUUUUUUAAAUUAACAAUACUGAUUGUUUUAUAAGGAAACUAGAUUUUUUGUAAUUGCUUGUGGGAGUGUGUGUACAAAAUUUUGUUUGUUUUAAUUAUUUCAAAUAUUUAAUUUGCUAAAGUGUAAAAUAAAAAUCAUAAACCUUGUAAAAUUAAUUCCUUAAAACUUUAAAUUUUUUUCAAACAAUUUACAAUAAACACUUGAAGUAUUUGAAAUCAAUAGCUACAGUAAAGUGUUUACACUAGCCAUAUUAUUAUUUAAAUAGACACCAACAACAAAAAAGUGUAAACAAAGCAUUUUUUAAAUUGCAUAAAACCUAUAUUUGAUAAAACUCAGUUAAACUAUCUGAAACCUUAAAAUGAUUUUAAAAUGUGGUUUAUAUUUUUUUGAAGAUUAAAUAAUUUUUAAGAAAUAAAUCAAAAGCUUUAAUUAACAUUCUCAAUUUACUAAAAAUUAAAAAAUCAUUAAAACUUUUUACAUAAUUUUUGUGUAAUUUUAUUAAAAACAAAAUUUAGUUACUUGAGUCAUUUUUAACAUACAAAAUACAAUAUAAACUGAUUACCAGCCAAAAUGUAAUUGUAACUAGAAACGUGUGCUAAACAGAAUUUGUUUUUAAAAAUUUCUAAUUUUGUAACACUUUCAAACUAUUUAUAAAUAAUUUAAAAUUCUUUUCAAUUUAACAAAAUUUAUUUGUCUUGUUUUUUUUUUAAUUUUUUUUAUAAUAUUUUGCACAAAAUUUAAUUUUUCUUAAACAAGCCAAAUGAGUAUAAUUUUGUUUACUAACAAACCCGGUUUUCAUAUUGAAAACUUUAACAUAAAAAAAUAAAUAAAAACAACAAAAAAUCAAAUUUAAUUUAACUAAAAUUACUAGUAAUUAAAGUCAAUUUACUAAAUUCAUUGAUUGCGUGCUAAAAGAAUUAUAAAAUUAAACAAAAAACAACAGCAAAAAAUACAUAAAAUAAAAUAACACAAAAAUCUAUUUAUUUAAUUGUUAACAACAAAAUAAAAAAUAAAUAAAAUUAAUAAGAGAAAUACCUCAUUAGUUUUAAUUAACCCGAAAAAAUAUCUAAAAAACAAACAAAAAAAAUAAAUAAAAAAAAUUAUUUAUUUACAAACAACAAAUAAGAAAACAGUAUUUCAUUAGACAUUUAAAGCAAAAAAUAAAAAACAUUUUAAUUAUAAAUUUUAACAUAAAAAACAAAAUCUAUAAUCUGUUAUUUUUUAUGCUAGAAAAUUUGCUGUUAAUUUAUAACAUUAAAACCAAAUAAUAAAAAACUGAAAUAUUAUUAACACAAAAAGCUUUAUAAUUAUUUAAGUUCUUUUUUUACCUAAACCCUAAAAGAAAAAACUAAACUUUAAGUUUGCUUUGUUUAAAAAACAAUUAUAAAAAAAAUAAAAUUGACAAAAAGUACAAGAAGUACCACAAGACAAAUAUGUUAAAUAUUUUUAAUGAAAAAAAAAAACCCACAAAACACAAGUAGUUUAAAAAUUUAGAAAAAAAAAAAUUGUAAACGUUAUUAGUUGCUUUAAUUGGCAAAUGCAAAAAUCAAAUAAAAAUCUUUGUCUAAAACUCGAAUUUAUUUAAUUUACAAUAUGUACAUUUUCAAUAACAUUCUAAGUAUGUGAAACAACUAAAAAAUACACUAGUUAAUAAAAACU